AUGUCCUCUCCACAACCGGUGGAAGAGGAGAGUGAGCAAGCUGGUACAUCAUUCCAGUCACAAGAUGAUGGAUCAAUCAAUCAAACAAAGAAAGGAAUUCUGAAGAGACCAUCGAAAAGUGAACGACCUGAGGUUAAAGAUACGUUAUUCCCAUUGAUGGGUGCUUAUCGACAGUCACCGGAUCGAUUCCCAGAUAAACCGGGUACCCGAAUACCAAAGCUUUCCGUGACAUGGAGAGAGAAGAAUGCAAUAGCUGUUUUUGGAGAUACGAGUGACGAGAAUGCGACUGAUUCUGAGAAUAUGAUGAGUGAUUUGGGGAAUGGACGGCUGAAAGGGAAAGUUCGUCAAACAGCUAUUUUGGAUUCUGAAGAUGAUGGUGAAGAGGGGAUGAAGGGGGUAAAGGAAGAAGAAGAACAACAAGCUGAGGAAGAAGAUGAGGAAGGAGAUGAGGAAGGAGAUCAAAGGGAUGAAACAAUGUCUGUGGCUAGCUCUACUGGUAGUGCCAGUUCAUCGAUUGUUGGUCGAUGGUGGGUUGCGAAAGAUACAAGAUUCGUCCCUCAUUGCGUAAAAAGAGGUUGUAAACAUUCUGGCCAUGAACAAGGAGAAUAUCUUACCCCAACACAAAGAAAAACUCGAGAAAUCGUUGAAUUAAAGAAAGAAUUGCAAAAUGCAUUGCAAGAGAAAGAUGAAAAGGAAAGACAUUUGCAAGAGUUGAGAGCAAAAUUGGAUGAGAUUGAACAAUUGAGAGAUUCGACAACAACUCUAUCUGAGAAUCGCUCAAGUGCACAGAGAGAGGAAUUUGGUCAAUUUGAGAAAGAGAAGAAAGCAAUGGAGAGACGACAUGCAGUGAGAGUGAAUCAACUCGUUCAUGAAACGAUGCAAGCAAGAGAAGAAAACACAAAACUCGCAUUGCGCAUAAAAGAGUUGGAGGAUCGUUAUGUGCGAACGAGUCAAGAGGCGGAAACAAUGACAGAUGUGGUUGGAGGAUUUCCCUUUGCAGAAAUCACUCCAUAUGCUCGUCUAGCACCACAAAUCUUCACUCAUGAGAAUUCGGCUUCAACUCUUCAAACAGCGCUUUCUUUGCCCGAUAUGAAUCCGCCAAAGAUCGCCAUUUCCUCACCAGCCACUCCAAUGAGUAUUUCGAUUGAUGGAAGUCGACAAGCGACCUACAUGACACAAGAUGCAAUUAAUACUUUACAAGCCUAUCAAAACGAGGCUUUCAUCUGGAGGAAUAAAGCGGCUCAACUAGAAAUCAUCAUUAGAGAUCAAAUAUUGAAAAACUCAAAAGAGGAAACAAGUCAAGAGAUUGAAAAGUUGAGAAGAGAGUGUCAACGUUUAAGAGAUCUGAUUGUGGAAAGAGAAGGAGCGAUGAUCGAUUCAGGAAUUGACGCUCCACCAUCACCACAACGAGAAACAUCACAUCAUUCAAACAGUGGAGAGUGUGCGUUGCAAAAUUGUGUUGAAAGAAAGAAGAAUCUUAUCAACGAGAAUAAUGCUUUGAUAGAAACGAAUGAAGAAAUCACAUUGCGUAUUCGUGAACUCGAAGAAGAUAUUCAGAGUUUGCGACGAGACAUUGAGAAUCUCGAAGCUGAGGGAGAGAAGAAAGAUUUUAAACUUCUCCAAGCUCAGAAAGAAUCCGAAGAAAAAUCAGCGGAAACAACCGCUGCUGCACUUGUCAUUACAAGAAUCCAGGGUGAAAAGGAAACAAUGCAAAAGGCGAUUUCUUAUAUGGAGGAACGAAUGACCGCCUAUCAAAACGUUAUCCUCGAGAAUGGAUUCGUGGUUCAAGAUGAAGAGACUCACAAUUGGAGGAGAGGGUUCUCGAAUCCAAAAUACAUCACCGCUCAAUCGAAGAAAACUCAAACAACUCUAACAUCAGAGGCUUUAAACAAACACAUGGAUGAAUUUGAUAGUGUUCAGCAGAAGUUAAAGAACUUGAGUGAUGAGUUCUCAGCUAAACGAACCGAUUUCUCGGAUCGUUUCUCGGAAAUUGAGGCCAAUCUUGUGACAAAGACGAAACUUGUUGAGACAUUAACAAAACAAUUGGAUGAUGUGAGGAAAGAUCAAAGAUUGGCUUUAGAUCAACAUCAAGUUGAAAGAAAUCAGUACAAGAAAUCACUCGAAGAGAUCGCGAAAGUUGCGGGAAGAGUUCCGAAUUUGGAGACUCAAGUCGAGCAGUUGCAACAAGAAAAGAGUGAAUUUGGUGCGAGAUUUAAAGAAGCAAAAGAGGAAUAUGAGAAAGGAUUGGAAGAUGCGUUGUCGGAAUCAUUGAGAAAGUAUCAAGAACAAAGUCAAUACUGGAAAGACAAAUGUGCUCAGUUUGAGAACACGAUCAGUAAAUUGAAAAAUGAGAUCACUCAAUUGAGUCGAGAAAAGGACGAGGUUCGAGUGAAGAAUAAAGUGGAUCGAGCCGAGUUGGAGCACCGAUUGGCGAGCAGUAUUGAGCACGCUUCACAAAUGCAUAAAGCGUUGCAUAAAAAUCAGCGAGACGUUGAAGUGGAAGCAAAACCGAGACAUACAAGCAAGUACGUAGCUUGCAGGCCGAAUGUAAAAGAGAAGGGAACUGCUAUUGAGAAGGGAGAUUUGUUUGAUGAGUACGAGGAGAGGCUAAAGCUUUGUCAGGGCGAGUUGAGCACAACAAGACGACAAGUUCACACUCUACAGCAGAAACUAUUGGAUAUGAUGAAAGAAAAGAAUGAACGCCAUCGAUCUCGUCCAAAAAUUGCUGGUGUUCUCACAAAAAGUAUCGACAUUGAUGAUUCGGAGUUACGAUGCGAAGAUUUCGAAUAUAAACCUGAGCUUUCAAAAGCUACAAUUCCUGAGGUCGAUGAAGAAAUUCAUGAAUUAAAGAAGAAAAAUGAAAGACUUCAUGAAAAAAUUGGAGAAAUUGAAGCAGAGAAGAAUCGUUUAGUCAAAGAGGAAAGAGCAAGGAUACAACAAUUAGUGGCUGAAUUUGAUAAUGUUCGAAAAGAAUUGGAUCAGGAAAUUUCCCGCUAUGAAUCGGAGAAGAAAUGGCUGAAGAGUCGAAUUAAUAACCUUGAGAAAGCGAAUACUGAAUUGGAGAGAUUUAGGGAAUCUAUUGUUGAUAAAAGCCCGACAAUAAUGCCAAGAUUAUCAAAAGAUGAAAAAGAGAAAAUGAUGAGAGAAGAAAAGAUUCGGAGAACAUUUUCGGAUACAGAUUUGCAUAGUGAUAUUGAAGCAGAAGAAACGACAAAGUUGAAGAGUGAAGUGGCUAGACUGAAUAGAGAGCUGAAAAAUGUGCAUAGCAGCAUCACGAGGACUGCAUCUGUUGCUUCAGAGGCUAGUCGCGGAGCAAGAAGUGGUUUCAGUCCAGCAUUCCAUACUCUCGUUGAAGAUAUUAAUAUGGUCAAAGGAAAUCUAGAGAAGAUUCUCGUUCGAAUCGAUGAUGAAACAGUUCCAUCAACGUUUGAAGUUUCAGCAAAAGUCGUCAAACUUUCCGAAGAGGAAAACACCCAUUCAAUAUUGCUUGAAGAGGUGGUGAAAGAUUGGGACACAGUGAACAAUACGAGUUUAGCAAAGGAUUUAGCAAGAUCAAGACAAGAAAGGCAAACGCUAAAGAUUCACAACGAUCGUUUGACUAGAGAACUUUCUCAAGCAAACAAUGAACUCUUUUUGCUGAGAAAAGAGCCAAUAAAUGCAUGCACAGAUGCUGAAUAUCGACCGAUGAAGAGAAGCAAAAGUACAAUGGAUUUGGGAGAGACAUCGGAGGAUAAGAGAGAAUGCAAGAGAUGGCAAAUAAAAGCUGGCACACUUUUCCGUGAGGUUCAUCGAAUGCGAAACGAAUACUCGGAUGCGUUGAAAGAUAGGAGAGAAUUGAAGAUUCAACUCGCUAUGUUGAGGGGAGAACUAGAGUUGACGAGAAUUCAGCUAGCGGAACAACAGAGAAGAAGUCCAACCUCUCUACUCUCACAUUCCUUUAUUUUGAACCGAGAUGGUCGAGAUAUGGUUAAAGAAAUGAGCGUCCCGUUGCACUUUGAGGAAAACGAUUUGAAACUUACCAACAAAUCGACUCCAACUGGUAGUCAGAUUCUUGUUGAUAAGCUUGAUGAUUCUGAAAUCAAACGAUCAAAAGGACUAGCCAGAAAGGACGAGCCAGAAAAACGGCAUUCAAUUACUGAAAAGGUUUCCUACAAUAUUCGAUUGACGAGAGAGGAUUUGAAGAAUUUGGACAAAAGAAGGAAACAAAAGCGCUCUGAAUCUGCGCAUUCAGCGAUUGAUCAAGGAAUGGGCAUGAAGCAAUCACCGAUUCGAGCUGCACCACUACAGAAGACCAAGGCAACCACAAUAUUACCCCAAUGUUCGAUGAGUCAAUCAUGGCAUGCCGAGAGAGACAAAGAGAUCUCAGUCUCCGAUCAAGAAGCCCAAGAACCGCCUGUUAGAACAAUUCACUUACGAGAGAAGGUAAAGUCUCUCACCAGAGAAAACAAAUCACUCAAGGACAAAUUGGAAAUAUUAGAAAGAGAGAAAGGUAAAACUCCACUUCCGGUUCAAAUCGUGAUUCCAAAUCGAUCGAGUCAAAUUGAAAUACUUGAACAAGAGAAUAAGAAGUUGAAAAGGGAAUUGAAAAAGAGAGAUAUCUCAGCGACACCAUCGAUUACGAAUGGUUCAUCAACAAGUUUGGAUGCUGAUUUGCAUAGAAAAGUUGAAAACGUGAAUCCGUUGCGAGCAGAGAUCGAGAAGUUGCAGAAUUUGAUGUCAUCCAAUUCGGACACAAAUUCUUUAUUCAUGACCUCUCUCGGCUUGAUGCAACAUGUUAGGGCGACAUCAGCUUGUGAUGAGUCCUCAGAGGCCACGUCGGCUGAUUUAAGGGAUGAGAAUGAUCGGUUGAGUCGAGAGAAUCUUCAGCUCAGAUCUCAACUACAUGAAAUGGGAAAUGAAAGAUCAGAGAGAACGACGAAUACAAAUAGAUUGUCACAAGAAAGAGAUGGAUUGAAGAGAAGAGUUGAACUGUUGGAGCAACAGUUGAGAACGUCUGCUUCCACCUCAAGCAUCGACACUUCGAAAGCAACAAUCGAUCGAGCGUCAAAGACUGACGAGGAAAUCGAAGAAAUGAUGGAAAAGGCAAAAUUUGAUCAACAAAAUGCACAAAAGGAGGCAAAAUUGUUGAGAGAAAGGAUUGAAGGAUUGGAAAGACAUAUGCACACCGAAAAAGAGCAGCUAAUAAACGAGCACGCAAAACGAGUAGAAGCUCUUGAAAGAGGACGGAGAAACGUUUUACAAGAGAACUCGCUUAUGAUGCAAAAGUUGGAAAGUAUGGGAGAAGAUAUUGAAAAGAAAAAAGAACAUAUUCUGAAGUUAGAGAAGGAGAACGCAGUGGUUGUUGAAGAGAAUAAUUGUCUUCGGAGAAAGAUUGAGGGAUUGGAAGUGGUACAGCAAGAGAAAGAAAGUCUUCUCAACGCUCAGUUGAGUAAAUCGGUUGAAGAACUGGAGACACAAGUAACAGUGAUGAGGAAAGACUUGGAAAUGGCAAUCAUUAAAGCUAAAGAGGCUAAUGAUGAAGUGGAUAAAAUCAAAGCUGAACUCUCGACGAAUCGCGAAGAGAAUGCUUGGCUUUUGAAAGAGAACGAGAGCCUCAAAGAAAACAUUGAUGAUUUAAAGAAGCAGCUUGAUGAGAAACAACAACCUGUUCAAAUGAUUGUCCCUCGUCGCUCAAAUUUAGUGGAAAAAUUGGAAAAAGAGAUUGAUGAGUUAAAAGAAUCAAAUAUCGAAUUGAUGAAAGAAGUCGAUUUACUUAAAAAAGAACACACUGAAAAGAAUCUCGAAGCCGUUCCGCAAGAGCUUAAACUUAAAUUCGAGCUAACGAAACGAGAGAAUGAGAUGUAUGGAAAAAAGAUUCGAGAGAUGGAAGAAGAACGAGCUGAUAUGUAUGCAGUAAUGUUCAAAAAAGGACAACAAGCUGUGGAAUUCGAAGCACAAGAGGAAAGAGUGGUUGAUCAAAUGACGGAAGAUCGAAUCACUCUUCGCUUUCUUCGUGACGCUUUUUACUAUUACCUGUUGAAUCGAGGAGAUGAAAAGGAUCAUCUACUGGCAAUUAUGACAAUGCUUAACUUCUCAUGUGAGCAAAAAGAAGAAGUGAGCCGAAAAAGGAAAACGCCUGAUCGACGA